AUGCUUACCGCGCCACUUGACGGAGGCCUUCAAGACAUAAUUCUGUGCGCCCCGGCAGCCCCGCGACGCCGGCGAGUGGAGUGUGCCGGCGAGGCAUUUCUGGAGGCUUUUGAGAGACCGAGUCCCUACUUCGAAGCCGCAGCCGCACAGGCGGAGCAGGCGGAGGCGGAGCCCAAACGUGACGGGCGGAAGGUCUCAAAAGCUACGCAGGAUUUGAGUUCACUCAUGCCGAGCCGGAAGCAGAACGCUGCGCGACGGAAGCCAUAUCUGCAGCGCUGCGCGGAACGAGCGGAACGUAGGUCCAAGCUGCUUCCAAACAAGGUACAGCUAGCGAAACGGCUUCGAGGUGUGGAGCUGUACACCCUCCUGGGUGUGGAGGUCUCCGAGGAGGUAUUCCCAACAGAGGAAGCGGUUCGCGAAGCAUACAAGAAGAUGGUGCUGAUCCACCAUCCGGACAAGAAUGCCAGCAAGAGUUUGGCUUUUCAGCUUAUUCAGGAAGCUUACGAGUACAUCUCGGACCGUGACAACAAGCAGGUCUACGAUUCAACGCUGCCCUUCAACGACAACUUGCCGACGCAGGAGGACGUGAGCCGCUGCGGCUUUUUCCAAGCCCUGGCGCCGGCUUUCCGCAGGAAUGCCAAGUGGUCGGAGAGGCAGCCCGUACCCGACCUUGGUGGCCCUCAUACGCCUCUUGAGUCGGUGCACGCAUUCUACAAUUGGUGGUACCAUUUUGAGUCGUGGAGAGAUGUUGGGCCAAGGUACCUCGAAAAGCAUGGACUUCAACUGGAGGACCUGCAGUGCUGCCCCCGAGAAGAGCGAAGGGCACGGCAGAAGCAGAACGAGCAGAUUCGCAAGCAGUUCGAUGCUCAUGAGAGGCUGCGGAUCAUGAGGUUGGUGGAUCUGGCAUGGCAAAAUGACCCCAGGAUUGGGUGGGAAAAAGCGGAAGGGAAGCCCUCAUCGACACAGCCCAAGAAGGUACGCAGCCCUACCCGAAAGAAGGUUGCUGUGGAUCCGCAAGCUCCUUGGGAGAAGGAGGCCUUGCAAAUGUAG